UGCGUGUAACAAAUAGUUAAAUAGUUACUUUUGAAGUGAAGUAUAAGGAGAAGCGUGUGCAAAGCGUACGCUAUAGUCGCUAUGGACCCCUAGACCGAUUAUGUUUAUGUUGGUCGCAAAUAAAAGGGGAGAGUACAUUCGUUCAUAUCACUAGGUUUUGAAGAUGCUGAUUUUUUAACAAAGUUGUUCUACCAAAACUACCUUAUAAAGGGUUAACUGAAUAAAAAUUAAAACCAUUCUUCGUGUACUUCUAUCUGCUUGCUACUAAACCCAUCCCAAAUAAAUUUUUAUCAACAGGGCUCCACGUAGACACUUUCACUAUCACGAAAACCCUGGAACAGUUACUCCACGCGAUGCAGAUCUAAUCAAUACCGUGUGCUCAACCGAUAACACAAGCAAUCUGUAUAAGUGCAAGGGGUUUGUUUGCAUUAAAACCUGUUGAAAUACACAGAUAAACACGUCACCUUUUCUUACAAAUCCGCUCUCUUACUGCGAUAGAUUCUCCCAAGAUGCCUCAGUAUCAAAUUUGAUACCGUAGAUAUUCUAAGCUACCCUGCGUUUACACAACUGCCAAACGACACGCACGCUAAUUGAGUAAAUUCAAAAAACAAUUGUUUUUUAUAGCAGCGCGAGAAUUCCCACCGCUACCCGGUCUGUAGCAAGCAUGCUUCCAUUACGCGCGAACUCAAUUUCUUUAUCUAGUCGGUGAUGGACGCUUAAUUUACCUGGUCACUCAAUUAAACGCUUUUCUAUAAUUUAACAUAAUAUCGGAAAUGGACCCCGAUCAAAACCCUUUCAUUGAAGCAUUACAGUCCGACUCUUUGAAUCAGUUGCUUCAGAAUAAAGAUAAACGUGAAUUGGCAGAGAAACUGGUGGUUAAUUUGAAAAAACUGUCGGAAAUGUUCGUUAAGCUUUCGGACAGUGAAAAGCAACAGUUUGUCAAUGAGUUCAAGGGACAAUUUGUGAAUCAACUGAAAGCGCUAACUGGAAUAGUCGAACAGCAAAACAUUGUGAAUGAGAAUUCAGAAGCGCAGACAUUGAUACCUCAAUUCAAUGUAGCUGGUGCAUUCCAGGAAGAAAUGAACUUUUAUCUUACAAUAUCAUUUGUCAUGCUAGUGCUAUUAUUCGUUGUAUUUUUCGGCUAUAAACUGUACCUUUCUCUAACGGAAAAAGAACGCAAGCGGGAGGAAAAGUUAAAAGCCAAACAAGCUAAGAAGAAGAAAUGAGUUGUCACUCAUCGUGGAAGCAGCAGCAUAUGUACUGGAGGCAAACCGACUCGCCACCAUCAGCACAAACACAUUCCCCAGACGAAAGGCUCGUAGCUGCUCGUUGGUUAUCACCAAGUUGGACCCCACUAAUUGCAAUCAAGUGAGACUUUCUAUGACUAGUUUGGUCAGUAACUAUGAAUAUUCCAUGUUUGUUUGUUUACCCAUUCGGACAUCUGCAAUAGGUUAGCAAAAGACUUAAAUAUCGAUUAGAACCCUAUACAUAUUUGUCUAUUCACUAUUUAGAAUGUGCAAUCACAAAUUUUUGAUUGGUCUGUUAAGUUUUGUACUUUUUAAAUAUGAUUCCCAUGCGCAUUAGAAACAGUCUAACCAAAAUAGCAGAAAACGAGAACAGUUUAGAAGAGUUCGAUAUAUUUUACGUAUUCAUGUUCAAGAGCAAAAUCAAACAUUGAUGAACUCUUUAAAAUAGCUGAUAUUAGUUGCGGAAAAUAGUUUUUCAAACGGUAAAUGGUUUUAGUGAAGUAAUAAUAAAAUGUAUGUGAAUGA